CCUGCUGCCGCGUGACGUCACGAUAUACCAGGAAGCUGCCGAUCUGCGCGCCUGCGCUCACUGAGAUCCGAGGGAAAAACAGGAGGAUCCGGAGGCAAACCCUUGCUGCUGUAAAGCUCCUACCAACGACACACGAACUGGACAAUAUUCGAGCCUUGAAGGAACUUGGCAACGCCAUCAACUCACUAGCCAGCGGCAAGUCCCCGGGAAAGGACGGCAUCACACCUGAGAUAGUAGGGGCUGAACAGGCAUGGCAUUGGCUAAAGAAGAGAUUAAAGGAUGUGGAGGUGGUCAGACCUGCUGAUGACUGGUGCCGGGAGUGUCAAGAUUGGCCUCAGUGGAGGAGGCCCGUGAGAAUUGGUCUGAUGGAGCAAAGGCACUCAGCGCAGCUCCGUAAAAAGCGACAACAAUGGGACCAGAAUGCAAACAGCAUGGAUUGUACUGGAAGUGUGAUACGGCACCAGAGAACUCAAAGAGGAGAGAAAACCUUCAAGUGCACUGUGUGUGAAAAGGCAUUUGCAUGGUCAUCAGUUCUUCAAAAACACCAGAGAAUACACACAGGAGAGAAACCCUUCAGGUGUAGUGCGUGUGGGAAGGCAUUUUCAGAUUCAUCUGUUCUUAAAAGACACCAGAAAACACACACAGGAGAGAAACCUUUCAGGUGUAGUGUGUGUGAGAAGGCAUAUUCAGAUUCAUCUGCCCUUAAAAAACACAAGAGAACACACACAAGAGAGAAACCUUUCAAGUGCACUGUGUGUGAGAAGGCAUUCACAGAGUCAUCAUGUCUUCAGAGGCACCAGAGAACACACACAGGAGAGAAACCCUUCAAGUGCACUGUGUGUGCGAAGGCAUUUUCAGAGUCAUCACAUCUUAAAAUACAUCAGAGAACGCACACAGGAGAGAAAGCCUUCAAGUGCACUGUGUGUGAGAAGGCAUUUUCAGAAUCAUCUGCCCUUAAAAGACACCAGAGAAUCCACACAGGAGAGAAACCUUUCAGGUGUAGUGUGUGUGGGAAGGCAUAUUCAGAUUCAUCUGCCCUUAAAAAACACGAGAGAACACACACUGGAGAGAAACCCUUCAAGUGCAGUGUGUGUGAGAAAAUAUUUUUGGGUUCAUUGCUUCUUAAACGACACCAGAGAACACACAUGGGAGAGAAACCCUUCAGGUGCCUUUUGUGCGAUAAAGCGUUUGCAAAGUCAUCAGUUCUUAAAGAACACCAGACAAUACACACAGGAAAGAAAGCCUUCAAGUGCAGUGUGUGUGAGAAGGCAUUUUCACUGUCGUCAAAUCUUAAAAAACACCAGAGAACACACACAGGAGACAAACCCUUCAAGUGCAGUGUGUGUGAGAAGGCAUUUGCACAGUCAUCACAUCUUCAAAAACACCAGAGAACACACACAGGAGAGAAACCUUUCAGGUGCACGCUGUGCGGGAAGGCGUGUUCACAGUUAGCACAUCUUCAUAGACACCAGAGAACACACAGGCAUCAGAAGAUCCCCAAGGAGUGUAGUCUGAAAUCGACUUGUGAAAGUCAAAGUGCUGCAAUGAGCCCAUCCCUACUGAAAAAAGAACCAGAAGUAAAUUCCAGCUUGGACACUAUGAAAUGUAUCAAGGUGAAAUUUGAAGACGUGAAGGUGAAAUGUGAAGAAGUGAUGGUGAAGAGCGAAGAAGUGAAGGUAAAAUGUGAAGAUGAAGAUUCAACUCCAAAAUCAGACCUUCACAUUCAUGGAGUCAACGUGAAGCAGGAGGAGAAUUCGGACUGUGAGGCAGAGCAAGGCAACGCCCAGCAGUUUGUGGAAGUGGAGGUAUGGGUGGACUUCCUAGACAAUAUAAAUUCAAAUGGAGACCCUGUAGAUGUGUAAUCUUGAAACAAUGAAGCUUCAAUAGAUUCACGUUUGUCACAGGCCUUUAAUAAAAAUAACGUGAAGUUGAAUUGCAUAACCUUACCAAUGAAUUAAUUGAUGAAACACUAAACAUUUAUAAGCAUCUAUGUUACGAAUCUACACACUCACAGGAAUACUAUUGUGUUGAGAUUUUUCUUUUGAUCACAGAAUCUUGCCCGCAAAUUCAUUGAUGUCUCAAUCGCCAAUUGAUAAGCAUCUGUUAGCCAAAUAGGCACACUAGCACUCACACUAUUGUUUCAGGACAUUUCGAUAUUUGCAUAAUCUUACCAAUGAAUUAAUUGGUGUCUACUUUUGCCAUUGGGCACAUGUUUCUUUAGCAUGUUUCGUAUGAGUAUUAUAAAUUUUUACGGACUUUUCCUAUCGCCGUGUAUGGUCGCUCUACUCGGAGGAGUUAGCUGAUUGUUGUGUUACUCAGUUUUAACAAACGUAACCAUUGACGGUUAAUUGUACGGAUCAAUGAGUAGGACAUCUUCAGGAGUACGGUAUUGGCGAUUCUGAUCAUAAGUGUUAGAGUGUUUUUAGAUAUUAAAGUUGCUUAACAUAUAA